AUGCCACCUCCUUCCCCCUCUGCAUCACUGUCCAGUCUCUUGCUAGAAGGGAGAAUUCAUUCAUUAGCCACUGUCCUGUUCUUCCACCUGGACUUGCGAACCUCACUCACUUCGGCCGCUGAGCCACCUGGCCUCUCCUGCCUCCCUGUCGCUCUUUGCUUCAGGCUUAGUGAGGGCUCUGCGGGCAGGCCAGGCACUCUGCUGAAGGAUUUAACAGUGCUGUCUUGUUCGAAUCCCAUAGCUACCCUCUGGGGCGAAGACUUAUCCCCCAUUUAUAGAUGCAGGAGCCAGCAGAGAGCCCACCUCUGCCUGACUGGCUUGCCUUCACACUCCCUUUCCCACUUUAAAGUCUUUCCAGACAGCGCCUCUUUCUCUCUUCCUUUGCUUCUCUUUCCAGAUAAGACUCUACUCCUUUCCAAAGGUGCUUCCCAGGUGGCGCAAUGGUAA